ACGAAGCAUCAUCCUCAGCGAAGCAUCUUCCUCGGUCAAUUAUCGGUCAACGGUUGCGCUUUGGCUACCCUGCACUCCCAGACGUCUCGCGAGUUCGGUGGCCUUCACGGUGGCCGCGAUUCCGGUAGGGCAUUCUGAACCGCGGCCGUUCUCCCGUUACCAGAAUCGCCCAUGUGUCGUGUUUGUGGCGCACCGUUCCAUCUAUCGCGAUACCACGCUGUUUGUCUUACUGUUGAUUUUCAUCAUUAUCGGAACCACCACCGCCACCUUCUGCCCCAAAAGUAGCUCCGUGCCGUUCAUUGGUCGCAUGUGCUGAUCACGCGGGGUGACGCUGAAUUCCGAUUCCUCGCGACCGCGACCGCACACGGUGCUUUGCUCAUUCUAGUAGAGAACGUUGGUGAGAUUCGUCAAUAAUUCGAUUGGUUGUUUAAAGUUCAGCUCACCUAGAGAGUUCAAGUGAUUGUUGCGGUAUCCUCCUCCGGUAUAAACCUCCGGCAGCGAUGUUACGCUUCAGCGGAUCGAAUUGGUUCAACAAACCACAGUCUCGGCGCAAGAGUGGCAAGAAGGGAAAGGUCACGUUCUCCGAUCAGCAGGAUUCCGAGGGCAGCAGCAGCACCGGCAGCACCGUGACACCCGUGCCCUCCCCGAACCCAUCGACGCAACGAUUGCGUUAUCUGGACCACAUCUUUGGCAGCUCAAAAUCAGCACCCUCGGGCGAUCGCACUUCUGCAGCACCCUCGCCCUCGCCGAGCCGAUCGAGCGUGAACCAGUUCGAUCGCAGUAGCAGCUUCCGGCACAGCAGCGGUCACGCGGCGUCGUCAGGUCCGUACAACCGUCGGCCACCCGUGCAACGAAAAGUAGGCCAAAGAAUGGCGGACUGCGAGAAGGAGGAAGCAUCCAACUUGCAGGUGGAAUUCGAGUGGGUACUGCACGAGGAGGUACAUUCAGUGCUGAAGCAACUGCACGCCAUCCUGGUGGAGUGUGCCCACCGAUUUCCGGUUCCGCUGUACGGCAAUGAGGGCAAGAAACAGGAUAAAUUCGUGCUGACAGCCGCUCCGGAACAACUGAAAUGUGUCGUUACCCUGACCGGAGACAGCAUUACACAUGCGGAUAUCAAUUUCAAGGUGCAACGCCAGCAGCAGCAAAUCCAACGGACCUCCAUCACACAGGACUAUCCGUGGAAGAUACAGCAGGUGCAGGAUGCGGCCAACCAUCUACAGCAAGCGAUCAACCACAUCGACAAUGUGGACAGUGCGUAUCACUUCAAAACGUCCGACGAGGUACUGCACAUCCUGGGUAACAUACUUGGGGCUCUGCAGCGGGGUCGUACCUCUCUCGUGGUGCCACGCAAGAAACCGAUCGACGAGCUGAUGAAGAGCCGCAACAUGAAGGCCCUCUCGCCGAACCUGCCGGAAGAUUUGGCGAUCAGCUUCUACAUCCAGAGCCACAAGUUGAUCUUUGUGGCGUACCAGCUGACGAAUUUCCAGGGCACGAUGAAAUUCGAUUCAUGUCAGGCCGAGUGCUCAGUGCCGUGGUUAAACGAGGUGCUCGUGCUGUUCACUGUCGCCUUGCAGCUGUGCCAGCAGCUGAAAGAUAAGAUAUCAGUAUUCUCGCAGUAUAAGGACUUCACCGUCGGUUCUCGGUCACCAUCGGCUCUUUCCUACUGAUGCCAUGCUGGUACAUCAUGCGUUUCCUGCCCAUCGUAGGAUAUGUCUGCACUGUUCCGGUCUAGCCGUCCAUCGUAAUGGUGCCGUGGUGCCCUAAACACAAUGUCAUGUUUGUGAGUGUGGUGGCAUCAGAAGCGAGAUGCUCGGUCGCUAUGUUUGUGUUGAAUACGUAAAAUACUUCUUCUUCUCAAACAAGCGGCUUCGAGAUGCGGCUGGUCAUUUGUUAAUGCAUAUAUACAUAUACACACAGCUACUCGAUAUUUGUUAUAUCCUCAAGACAUCCGUUGUUAUUUGCAUUAGGAUAAGGGAACCACGUUAGAGAUGUACACACCCCCCCGCCUCCCCAUGGCGCUAUAAGUAGCAUUGCAUGUUGCUGUGUGUAUCAGUGCCAUCGAUUGGGAUAUGAGCGGCUAAGGCGGAGGCGCAUGUUCGCGGGCAUGAGCAAGAGAUACGGCCACUGUACUCGUCGAGUGACAAUUAAAAAUAUUAGAGCAUUAGGGACAUGUGAUGUACGAUGAAAUGGUUUCGUUUCGCGUUUCUAAUGACGAUAGCACGGAGCAUUGUUCCGUCUCUUCUCAAUUGUUCUCUACGAUCGGACUAUGUGUACUUAGUAAACGCGUUGGUAUGAAAAUUACUUCUACAAUUAUGAUGCAACAUUACAUAGCGAAUGUAGUAAGCCAAACGGAAGCAGAAGAAAGCUAUUGAUCGUACAAAUCCGCUAUUCGGAUUGAUGAUGCAGCUUGCAACUGGAACCCCCAUAUAGCGAGAACGGCUUUGGCCUACUGUGUGCUGCCGAUGCAUUCACAACAGGAACAACAAAAAAACAAAAAAUUAACACUUACUAUGUGAUAAAGUGUAGAAAAGAAAAGCAGCGGUUAAUGUGUGAAACAAAACCUAACGUUCGGCGCCGAUUGACUGAUGCUGUGUUGUCGUUGGAUUAGCUUGAAUCUCAGCUAACCGUAACAGUAGCGAGUAACCCUAGGAAAACAAUGUUUCGUGUUUGAAAGGCCUUUUUGGGGAAAGCAAUCAUAAACAUAAUAAGAACAAACAAAAAAAAAAAACCAAAAUUCAAACCAAACCAUCGUACUUGUGACAAAAUUAAACGCUUUUCUACAUGCGCGAAACCG